GGCUUGGUAGUUUGGUACCGUACCGUAUAUUGUUUCGUUUUCAUGGAGACUACGACUUGCGGUUCAGUUAAAGUCAAGGGAUAACAGGUCAAGAAAGGAAAAGGAUCUGGAAUGUAGCUAGAGGGAACCUACUCGGUUCUAGACUGACAAUGUAAACAUCUCACUAUGAAUAACAACUCAAAUCCAGCAGCAACUGAAAGUUGAAAGCAAAUUCUUGCUCAGAUAUUUAGUUAAACUGACAUAAUGGCUAGCCGAUUACCCCCUCUACAAGGAAACUGGGGUAAUGUCCCAAGACCACAUGACAGCAUCCAGGAUUCCCCAUCGAGAAGCAAUUCCAGGAAUUCUCGAAUGCUGAUAGAGCGUGCCUCUGAGUUGAAGGAUGCCAUUGUAUCUCGUAUGGUGGAGGAUGAUGGGUAUCAUGACAUGUGGCAUGAUCGCCACAUGAGGGCGCUGUUGCAGGAACAUCUUCAUGCCGUCACCUCGGCUGUGAAAACUCUAGGUCAUGACAUUGAGAGUUUAGAGAACCAACUGAGUGGACGUGAUCAAGCCAGUGUUAUGAGCAAUACAAUGAUGAGGAGUCUCGAGGUCCAACAGGCUACUUCAGUCAAUGAUCUUCGGUCUCGUGUAGCAAGAUGUGAUGCAAACAUCUCAGUUCUCUCAGGAGAUAUGAGGAAGAUGUAUGACUCUUUCAGUACACUGACAAUGCAGAUGCAGACAGUCAUAGCAAACCAAUCAAGAACUGAGAAGAUUCUAGAAGAAAAGAUUUCAAAAUUAGGAGAGAACAGUGAACAGCAUAAAUCAGAUUACAGCACGAGAUUGCAAUCAUCUGAGGAUAAAUUCCAGCAAGCCCUCAAUAUCAUUGAUGUUAAGCUGAAGAACCUGAUUGAAGAAACCAAUGAAACAGUAGAGACCAUUCGUUCUCAAGGGUUGUCAUCGCAGUUCAAGCUGGAGAAGGACAUGACAGUGUCAUUGGAAUCUGCAAGGUCAAAGAGAGACAAAAGAAUGGAUGAAAUGGAGGAAUCUUAUAAAAAGAAGAUGGGUGCUCUGGAAAAGCAGUUGGAGAAGUUGGAAAGAGAACAACAGGAUACCAAGUCCCACGUUGCCUCUGAGCUCAAGAACAUGAAAAGGGAGUUUGAGGACACUCUACAGGCUGAGCAGGUCAGACUGGAGCGGAAGCUGCGAGCUUUGAUUGAACAGUUUAGGAAGGAGAAUACUGAGGGGUUGAAAUCACUGAGUGAGAGCUUGACAAGCCUCAGAGCUGUCCUAGAAGGGAAACAGACAUUAAUUGCUGAAGAGAUCAGAGGAGAGAUGGCUAACAUGAAGAAACUUGUGGUUGUGACUUAGCUUGCUGAAUAUUCUGACUUGCUCCAGAAUGUAACAGAUGCCAGUCACAGAGGAAAUAAGAGUGAUAGCAAGAAUGAAGUAACUUAUGGUUGUGAGUGAGCUUAUGACAAUACUAGACAGGAAUGUUCUACAAGAAUCAGCCUGUCUUCAGAGACUAGCUGUUGAUUGCUGUGGAGAUCAGAGGAGAGUAGCACCUUAUCAAAAGUCAAAUCUGCAUCUUUCCUUUAGGAAAGAUGUGGGGUAAGGCGCCAUGAAAAGAAUUUCUGGAGAUGUGGCACAGACUUUUGACAAGUUGCCUAUAGACAAAAACUGUUGGUAGUGACUUAGAUCGAAGCCCAUUAGUUGUUUCAGAGAGCAACAGAUGAUUCAAAGUACUGUUAUAAUAGUGGUACUGAUUUUGAUAUCAUGAACAGGCUGCUCAACAAAGCACCAAAACAAAAUUAGGGUUUAGAGAAAUGAUGGUAACCAGUCAAAUCCAAAACCACCCUCGCUGCAAGUUGUGUGUUCUGGCUGGUUUUUUGUUUUUCACUGACACCAAUACCAGCGUUAAACACUACAAUUUUAAUCGUCCUUGAUUGCUUAGGUGAAUAAAAGAUCAAAGGCAAAAACUGGUGGUACUUGGAGAUUUCAUGGAUUAAAAACAUUUCAAUAUGGCAAAAGUCUUGACCUGACAAAGUCAGAUGGCACUAAUCUUGAUUGCUGUACAUUCUCUUUAUAUUAAUUGGAAUUAAAGUGAAGUAAUUUAUAGAACUAUUAUUGCAAUUGGGCUAUAUAAAAUAUGAAAACAGUGAGGUCUACAGCUUUCUGUCUUCUGUAUUUUUCAAAUAACUCUUAAGCAAUGACCAACAUUUUUUUAAUGUGAAAUUCCUGCAUUUGUACCUCAUAGUAUUCAUCAGGCAAAAAAUAUAUUAUCACAUACAAAUGUUGGUGCCUUGUCAUAUUAGGAUUGCAGUUGGUUGAAAUUAAUCUCAACAAUGGAAAGCUGAUGAUGCCAUAAUUCAUCACCUAUAUGUUGUCCAAGCAUAGCUCAAGUUGGCACAUAUUAGACUAUAUAUUUAGAAUGUUGCAUCCUGGGAAAAGAUAUCAGAACUACAUGAUUAGUUUAGGUCUUGGGCUGGUGCUCUUCAAAUUGGUGGCUGCAGCCUGUGGACAGGCUUUAAAGAAAGGCGAUAUAACAUACUGGUAACUAUGAUAUGGCGAAAGCACUUGUUGCACUCAAUCAGCUUUUAAUUUUGAAAUAUUAUACAUGUAUAUUAGACUUAUGAAAUUACCCAAGUAUUAGGUACUUGUCUUCUGUAGAUAUCUGUGUGCUUUCAUUUGUAUUGGAAUAAUAUGUUUGUGUGUAGGGCUGUAUUUGUUUAAAGGGGAAUCCAACCCAAAUAAAAACAUUUUUAUAAGGAAAAGAAAAAUCAGACAAGUUGAUAGGUGAAAGUUUGAACAAUAUUGGACAAACAACAAAAUAUUGGUAAUCACUAUACCCAUGGAGACUUCAAAUUGGCCGCAUAUGGGAUAUCAUAGUGAUGUAAGGCAAGGACUACUCUUCCAUGUACUCCAAUACAUAUUAUGGCUAAAAUGUCAUUUUUCCCAAAAGUUUUAUUUCAAAUUAUAUUUUUCUUUCGUGAGGACAUAAAACAAUAUACUACCUGGGUUAUAUUUAGAUUGCUGCCCCAGUGGAAUAGGUACUUAAGAGAAAACCACAAAUCCCUGAUAAUAAAGUACAUGGCCUAUGGGAAAGUUGUCCUUGCCCCUUGUCAUAAUUUACUUACUCAGUUGCCAAUUUGAAAUCUACAUAGUCUUAGAGAUCUCAAUUUUAAAACAGCCAUAACUUUCUUAUUGCUUGUCCGAUUUCUUUCAAACUUUCACCAUUUUGUUUAAUUUAUUUUUCUCCUUCCCAACACAACAUUUUAUGGCCAAGAAUGGGUUCCCCUUUAAGUUAAGAGAUAUAGAUUUCUCAUGUAUUCAUGACAUGCUCUAUUGGGGGCUUGUUACAUGAAAUGGCAAGUAUGUAUACAUUUUUUUAGGAUUCAUGAAUAUGACAAAUGAACUUAAAUACAAUACACAAUUUUGAGCAUUUUUAACAUUCUAGUCUUUCUAGAAAUAAAGGGAUAUUCUUUGUUUCAUCUGCUUUUAAGAGAGACAGAUUGGUGAAAUGAAUAAAAAAAAAAAGAUAAGCUCAGCCGUCCACUAUAAUCAUGAUAAUAAAUGCAUGAUAUCUUUUUUAUUUUUAUCUUUUUUAAUUGUGUAGUUUUUGUGUAAGCAUUGCUCUGUGAGGCAUUUGAGAAAACAAAACAAUAUAUUUUACAGAACAAUUAUGACAAUUUGAUGAGAUCAACGGAUCAAACUUAUAUUUAUCUUUGAAUAAUGGAAUCCAAAACAAUGUUUUCCUUCUCUUUUGAACACAUAUGGAGCUUAAUCCUUUUUAUCAGAUUUGCUUCGGUAUUUAUCAAAAAGUCACUGUUGAACAAACAAUUUGAAUAUUUGUAAUGAGUUUUCUCCUAAAGCCAUAUAUCAAAGAAAUUUAAAAGUUUGUAAUGCGCACAGGUGUAAUACUGACCAAGAAUGAUAUUUCUGUGAAGGAAGCAGAGUAUGUAUUAUUUUCUCUUUCAAAUAAAAAAAAUAUAUAUGAUAUUGUGAAGUAAUUCAUGAUGAAUAACAAUUGGCUACCACAAUCUUUUUGCAUAUUGUGUAUCUAAAAUAUCUAGGCCCCAACUUUUGUCUUGCCUGCAUAGCAGAGCGAGACUUUUUGCCGCCACCGUCAAAGGUCAUUUAGGGUCAAUGAACUUAGACCAUGUUUGGAGAAUCAACAUCCACAUUGUAAUGCAGGCGAGACUGCCAGAGGCGUUCACCUUGUUGUUUAUAGUGGUAUACAUUUGUCAAAUAUUUCCCAUUUGCAUUAAUAGCUUUGUGUAUUCAUUUGUAUCAAAUUGGAAUAGCAAUAUAAAUGUAGAAACUCUUAAAAUUAU